AUGAAAGACACGUAUUUGAAAAAGAUUCUUGGAGGGAAAUGUUUCAACAAAAUCCAAAGUGCUAGAGUGUUGAUGGUGGGUGCUGGCGGGUUGGGCUGUGAAUUGUUGAAAGAUCUUGUUUUAUCAGGGUACGGCGAGAUUCACAUUGUUGAUUUGGACACCAUAACCUUGUCCAACUUGAACCGUCAAUUCUUGUUUCGCAAAACUGAUAUUGAUAAGUCAAAGUCAUUAACAGUUGCCAAAGCGGUGGAGUCAUUCAAUUACCUUGGUGCUAAGCUUGUGCCCCAUCAUGGAAAUGUAAUGGACACCAAACAAUUUCCCUUGGAGUGGUGGCAACAAUUUGACUACAUAUUCAACGCGUUGGACAAUAUUGAAGCAAGACGAUAUGUGAAUUCAAUGUGCUUGUUGUUGAAGAAGCCGCUAAUGGAGAGCGGAACUGAAGGCUACAAUGGCCAUGUGUGUCCCAUCUUGCCUUACUACAGCGCGUGCUUUGAUUGCCAGGCACAUGUGGCACCAAAAACGUACCCAGUGUGCACAAUCAGAUCGACCCCUUCGCUUCCUGUCCACUGUAUCACUUGGGCAAAAGAGUUUUUGUUUUAUCAGUUGUUUGAUGAGGUUGAAGAUAGUGGUUUAAAUGACUCCGAGGCAAUCUCCAAGGAAACUGAUAACGAUGCCGAGAUUGAAAACUUGGCGAAAGAAGCGAAUGAGUUAGCUGAGCUACGUGCAAUGAUUGUGAACUCAGACAAGGACACCUUCUUCAGGGAGUUGGUUAACAAGAUAUUCAGAGUGGAUAUUGAGCGGUUGUUGCAGAUUGAUGCCUUGUGGCAGACGAGACGCAAGCCAACGCCAUUGCACUUGGAAGAGUAUAAGUUGGAUGUAUCAGAUUUGCUGGAGACAAAGAAUUGGACAAUUGCCGAAAACUUGUACGCUUUAUAUGUGUCAAGCGCCAACAUUCAGCAGAGAUUAAAAGAAGAACAAUACGUGGCAUUUGAUAAGGAUGAUGAUGAUACGAUGACGUUUGUUGCCGCUGCGUCGAACUUGAGAUCAUUUGUCUUUCACAUCGAAACCAAAUCAAAGUUUGAUAUCAAGGAGAUUGCCGGCAACAUCAUUCCAGCAAUUGCAACUACUAACGCAUUCAUUUCUGGUUUUGCUAGUGCCAUUGGUACACAGUAUUUCAAGCACGAAAAAGCUACUUUGGAAAAUACUCAUCUAUUACACACGUCACUGGCAGCCAAACAUGCGGUUGUAUCUGCACCAAUUGGUCCACCGAAUCCGGAAUGUCCCAGCUGCUCGGCCUAUCGUGGAGUGUUGCAUGUAAGCCGACAUGAUUUCGACUCGUUGACGUUGCAAUGGCUCGUUGAUCAAUUAGUUCCUUUAUACAAAUCGGACAUUUCAAUCCAAGUUGGCCAAUCAAAGUUGAUCUAUGAUGUGGAUUUUGAUGAUUAUGCUCUAGAUAAGCUAAGCCAAGUUCCCGACUUCAAAAACGGGGAGACUAUUCUCGUACAGGACGACUCGAAUCGCUUAGACAAUCUCAUCUUGUACUUGGCUGUUGGCAAUGAGACGCGUUUUCCACCAGUCAAAUUGAAAGAGAAACCCGUUAAAGAAGAGAGUGAUUUGGAUGGCAGCGAUGAUGACGGAUUCGAAUUGAUAGAAGGUGACAACUCGUCGGACGUGGAAAUUAUCGAGGAACCUCCUUUGAAGAGAAAGCGUGUGUAA